AUGCUGGGAGUGCAUUUACACCUUGCGGGCGGGUGUGAAAAGGCGUGGGCCGCCCGGAAGGGCGACCUCGCAGCCCAUCCACGCGCGUUCGAGCUCGCCGUGAGAGUUGUUGAAGGGGCAGUGCGGGAGGGGGGAAACCGAACGGGUGGCGAGUGGGGCGGCGAGUUGGAAGAGAAUCGGCGGGCCAGCAUGCUUUGCGGGCGGGGGCCGUCACAAAGCUCCGCAACAGCGUGCGCUGUUUCGGAAUCCUGGAGGAAACGGCAGCAGAAAGCGCAAGUGACGUCAGCAGCGGUAGCGCAAGCCCUUCUUCUCCGAACGGGGCACCCAGUCGCCCGAGCAUUGGGGAAGAUAAGGACACUAGGGGAACCCCGUCAGACAAUUUGGAAUUUUGUCCGGAUGCGCCACGUGGCAUCUCCGGCGGUCUCGCCAAGGCGGCCUACUUGCUCGAGCCUCGCGGGCGCUCUCCCUGACGUCAGCGACGGUUCGGACGCAACGGCGGCAGAGGUCCUGCCAGUGGGCUUCAGGGAAUUGGCGCUGUGCGCGCUCGCGGCCACGGGUGGACACGUGUCUUCGAGCUGGGCAUGUCGCUGACCGCUCGGGGGGCGUCAGAGUGUGCUCUCCAGCUUAUGGUGACGUCAGCGGGAGCCCUGGGAGAGGCCUGCCCCGAGCUGACCAGGCGACGGACCGCGCAAGCGUACGAAGCCCGGUCGGACAGCAAUUUACGUGAGUAGAAGAAGGGCCACCUGGGUAUGCGCUUACGUUGCGGUCAGCAUGUUGACGGUAGACUUGGAUCCGUGACGUCUUACAUCAACGUUUAUAAUAGUGUAGAUUGAAUGGUACCCCUGUUAGCAAGUCAACGCAUCACAAAUCGG